GUAAACCUGCGAAGGCUGGAAGCACAGCUGUGAAGUAAACUGAAAACAUUGCAGAGAAAAUAAUCCUAGCAAAUAUUAUUAAGAAUAAAAACUAGUAAGAUUAAAAGUUAUUCGAUUCCGCCAUCGUAUUAUCAGUAUGGCUUCUCCAUCACCUAAGUCACCAGAGCAAAGUGAAAAGAACAAACAAUACGACCGGCAACUGCGGUUAUGGGGUGAUCAUGGGCAAGCUGCCCUGGAAAAUGGUCAUAUAUGUUUAAUAAAUGCAACUGCCCUUGGUACAGAAAUAUUAAAAUCUAUCGUACUCCCUGGCGUAGGAGCUAUUACAAUCGUCGAUCACAACAUAGUCGCCGAAGAAGACAUAGGAAGCAAUUUUUUUUUGGAUUGUUCCAGUAAAGGACUAAAUAGGGGUACGGAAACUCUUCGACUUCUACUAGAGCUAAACCCUGCUGUUCAGGGUCAUGCUGUGCAAGAGCCAACUGAACAAAUUUUGCAAGAAAAUCCUGACUUUUUUAAAUCUUUUAGCAUUGUUGUGGCCACAUCCCUUGGAGAAAAAAUUAUACAAGAUUUGGCCCAACACUUAUGGGACAUUAAUGUCCCGUUUAUAUUGUGUAGAUCUGUUGGAUUUUUGGGAUCUUUUAGAAUACAAAUAAAGGAGCAUGCAAUAAUUGAAACUCACCCAGAAAAUGAGCAAAUUGGCUUGAGGUUAGACGUGCCAUUCCCUGCUCUUGCUCAAUAUUUAGAUACCUUCGAUAUUGAUACUCUUGAUUUAAAAGAUCAUGGUCAAAUACCGUGGAUUGUCAUUUUAUAUAAAGCAGUUCAGAAGUGGCAACUCAGUAAUCAAAAUAGAUGGCCUAUGAGUAGGAAAGAAAAAAAUGAAAUUAAAGAGAUUAUCCAAGAGUUUAUUAGAAAGGAUGAAAAUGGGAUACCUAUUGAAGAGGAAAACUUUGAAGAAGCACUCAGAGCUGUAAAUACUGCUUUAGUUCCUACCUUCUUACCUGUGAAAAUUCAAGAACUCUUAUAUUGUAGUUCUGCUACAAAUUUAACCAAGGACAGUUUACCAUUUUGGAUAAUGUGUUCAGCGUUAAGAAAUUUUAUUGAAGCUGAAGGAAAAAGCAAGUUGCCUCUGAGAGGUGUGUUACCAGACAUGACCUCUUCAACAGAGCAUUAUGUGAAACUUCAAAGUAUGUAUCGCACACAAGCUGUGAUGGAAGCAGAGAUUGUAUAUAGAAAGGUGCAGGAAAUAGUUGCACAACUACACUGUGAAAGUAUUAGUGAAACUGAAGUAAAAUUAUUUUGUAGACAUUCACAUGACUUACAUCUUAUAAAAGGUUCUAAUAUAGCUAUGGAGUAUCAAUUGGGCAGUAAUAGUGUGGCUUCUUAUAUCGCCAGGUACUUAGAAGAGCCGGAUGUUAUGAUGGUGCAUUAUAUACUUUUGAGAGCAGCUGAAAUAUUUCGCUCGGAGCAUUGUCGGGCACCAGGAGAAUGGGAACCUGAAGCUGACAUAGCUAAACUAAAAACAUGUGUCUCUAGACUUCUUACUGAUAUAUCCUGUUCACCAUUCCCCAAAGAUGAUCAUAUACAUGAAAUGUGCAGAUAUGGUGGGGCAGAAAUUCACAGUGUCUCAGCAUUUCUAGGUGGAUGUAUUGCCCAGGAGGCUAUCAAAAUAGUUACCAAGCAGUAUAAUCCUGUCAAUAACACAUUUAUAUAUGAUGGAGCUUCAACUAAUACUGCCACAUUUACAUUUUAGAUGAUUAAAAAUAAAAAAAAGUUA